UCGACGUCACCGCCGUGAGCUUUUAAAACGGGGCCACGCUGAAUUCGCAUGCUCCACAGAAACUCCGGACUCCGGCGGAACACGGUGGUCGAAGACAUCGGAGCCGGAACACACAGCGUGGUACCAACACCCUAAGGAUCAGACAACAUGGCUGCCGGGCAACUCCGCAGGCGGCUGACCAUGCUCGUCGGCAUCGCCAUUCUAUACGCGGUUGCCAUGGCAGCGGUGGCGGCUGCCCGGGGAGUGAGCGACGUCCGGCCGUCCAUCGAGCAAGCCGAACAGCGGGCACGCGAGCUGACCGAGAUACUGGCCAACCUCAAGACCACUAUUCUUCCUCGGCACUGCACCGACCUUCUUGGUGCCGGACAGCGGUCAAGCGGAGUGUAUACCGUGUUCCACAAGGGUGCUGGACCUUCAGGACAGAGCGUCUACUGCGACAUGGACACUGACGGCGGUGGAUGGACUGUUAUCCAGAGGCGAGGCCAGUUCGGCAACAGAGUGUACCACUUUUACCGCAACUGGACCGAAUACGCUCGGGGCUUCGGUGAUCCGUCUGAGGAAUACUGGAUUGGCAACAACGCGCUGAAUGCGCUGACGUCGGGCGACCAGACCAUGGUUCUUCGAGUGGUACUCAGCAACAACACGGAUGACAGUGCGUCGGUCGACUACGAGAGCAUCCGGGUGGAUCCCGAAAACGACCUCUACAGGCUACAUCUAGGACGGUUCUCGGGACCAGAAGGUUGGGACUCCCUGGAGAUAUCGAACGGACAGAACUUCUCCACGUUCGACCGCGACAACGACCUGUGGCCCCAGAACUGCGCGGCCACUUUCCGGGGCGCCUGGUGGUACAACAGCUGCCACUCGUCCAACUUGAACGGCCUCAACUUGAACGGACCCCACGAGAGCUUCGCCGACGGAAUCGAGUGGAGCCUGCGAGGAUCCUCUGUGCCCCUUCACUAUCACUCCUACCCCAGCGUUCGAAUGAUGAUACGACCAGCGGAAACGUCGCGUUUUUUGGGGCGCCAGUAACGCAGGGGACCCUCACAUGCAU